GCCAAGUACAUACAUUACAAGGUGGGUUUUAAUAACCAUAGUGCAAUUAUUAAAAUUGCACUAUCCGAAGGUCCUUGUAAAAUCAGAUCUUGAUGUAUUAUAAACUGGAAUGGGUAUACUUUAAUCUGUUGGAUAUUCUGACGGUGGGGGGGGAUAUCUAAUGUUAUUAUGAUAGAUGAUAGCUUGUGGCCUUAUGAGAGCCAAAUGAGAUGCUACUAGCCAUGAACUGGUUCUGAUUUCAUACACUCACACAAACAUUAGUUAUCUAAGUAAUUAUUAUAAUUGCUACAUCUGCAUGGCUAACUACAUUCAUAACUAUCCAGAACUGCGGAGGAGAAGCACUAUACCUAUGGUAGUUUGCCUGUAAUCGCUUAAAUCCCAUAUAGACAACGACUUUUACUUUGUUGCAGGAAGCGAGGCAUCGUCUUCGCAUCCCCGCUAAUUGGCUAUCUCAAGAAGAAGAAGAAGAAGAAGAGCAAUAAUCGUCCAGUGCAUGUCAGAUGCAGAAUCCUUUCGUCCUUACCUACAUAUUCUCCUGUUUCACGGCUUACAGAUAUUACUUCCCAAGCUGACCCUUCUAUCCUAGAUGGCCUCUGCUCAGCUGUCAAGCCACGACGGUUCCCCGGCUGGAAUUCACGGAUGUACUGAUACCUGCAUUGCCCUUAUAUCCGAACGCUGAAGGAGAAAGAAAAGAGUACGGGUACUCUCCAUUGGAUGCUACUAUGCCUACCCGACGUCAUGAAAAUCGCAACCUCGGGCUGGAAUGUGAGAGUGAUUGAGGCGUUGAUCGCCGCUGCGCCAACUCCACCCCAGGCAGGCCGAGCAUGCAGAUUGCUACUAUCCUUGGAUCUUUUCUUUUAUCUGUCUUACUUCGUAGUUAUUUGUUUGUUUAUUUAUGUACGGAGUGGUUUGGCUGCACAAAGAAUACAUACAACCUUUUCCUUUUCAUCAGGACGAACCAUAUAUGACAUAUAUGAGCCAUGGCCAUCAUCAGAGUCGCUCUCGCAUGGACAAGAAAGAACCCUUGUGAGAGCAACAAACAACCUCAGUUACUACAUACAUAUUAACACAGGCGUACGUACCGUACCAGAGUUAUUCCACCCAGGGGAACGAUUCAUGCGUUUCCAUAUUUGCAAACUCGGCUUUACCGGAGAACACUGGCGCGUCCGCUGUACUGUACACGGUGUUCUAUCUAUAUAUAUCCUCUACGUAUAUUUCCCCUCUGCCUGGUUGCACAGCACUCAUCACUCGUUACUGCCAGGGGGGACGUUCUUUUCCCUCUUUUCCCUUUCUUUGGUUCCUUUUGCUCUUUCUUUCCCCUUUCCUUUCUUUUUUUUUUAUUUUAUUUUUUUAAAUUUUUUUAUUUUUUAAAUUCCCUUUCUUCCACUCUCAGGACUGCGCUGCGCAUGGAAUUUGCCCUCGCCUCUCUGGAUGCGGCUAAACCCACUUCAGCGUCUCCCACCGUUGUCUUGUUCUCUUCGCUUCCACAUAAUACUUAUUAUUCUUUAAUAUAUGGUUUUAAAUGCAACAGACAAUAUUUCCCGCUAUUCGUCCUGUUAUUCUGCUGGACGGCGCUUCAUUUAAUGUCCUGGUCGCCUCGUAUCUGGCAGAAUGCCUUCUCCUUGCUGAUCGUUCCUCCAUCUCAACAUCCCACCCUUCCCCCCUAACUAACUUUAGCUCAAUCACUUUCUAGAGUAGACCGAACCCCUGCCUACCUGGGCUUCCGAUUCUGAACCGGGGGUAAGGGAUCAAAGCAGUUCGAAAGUUCGAAUAUAAAGGAAACAAGAGGCACUGCAAGGGGCACUGGAUCCCGCGUGUUUGAAACCAGAUAGUCAAUCGAUAAUCGUCAUCCAAAACAAGUGACGACGCCCAAACCCCAUAUAUAGAGGUAUAUAUAUCCACGGAUGAAUCAAUCCGAUAAUGUACUCACGACCUUUGGCCCUCGUGCGGCGGCCUUUCGCUCUCCUCACCAUCCUUGCCUUCCUAGUCACUCUGAGCUGGUAUAGGCACGUCGCCAGAAACCACAGGAAUUUCGCCGGCCCAUUGAUCGAACAUGCAUCCGAAGAAAAAGCUCCCACUCGGGGAUACUUCUCACACUUCUCCCCCGGAGUUCCCAAACCACCCGGCUCCCACUACUCAAGAGCCUUGAUCAUCCCCCGUCUACAAAAGGAAGACGUCAGCUGGAUCUCCUCCCAGGUCCAGCAUGUGCAACAGUUCGUUUACGUCGUCGAUGAUCCUUCCGCAACUCUCCACCCGCCCGCCAACAAGGGCAAUGAAGCAAUGGUCUACCUCACCUACCUCAUCGACCACUACGACAACCUCCCAGACAUCAUGAUAUUCAUGCAUUCCCACGGCAAUAGCUGGCACAACGAAGAGCCGUUAGACUUCAAAGCCGCCGAACUAAUCAAUAGGCUAAGCAGCGAACGCGUCAUGCGUGACGGAUACAUGAAUCUGCGCUGUAACUGGGGCCCCGGCUGCCCGGACUGGAUACACCCAGAAAAAGAAGAAGCGGACCCCAGCAAGCCGGAGGAAGCAAUCCUUGCGAAAGCGUGGAGUGAGCUUUUCCCCUUUGCGGAAGUCCCCACGGUCCUGUCGCAGGCCUGCUGCGCCCAAUUCGCAGUCUCCCGCGAGCGCGCGCGCGCCAUCCCGAGAUCUAGAUACGUUUUCUACCGCGAUUGGAUCCUGCGUACGGAACUGCAAAAUUAUAUCUCCGGCCGCGUGUGGGAGUAUCUCUGGCAGGUUGUGUUCACGGGCAAGAACGUCUUCUGUCCCGCGCAGCAUGCGUGUUACUGCGACGGGUUCGGCGUAUGUUUCGGUGGCGCUAAGGGACUGGAUGAAUAUUUUGACCUCGCUCGCCAGAGACGUGCCAAGGAGUGGGAACUAUUUAAAUGGAAGGAGUUAAGUAAGGAGAUUCAGGAGGCGAUCGAGAAAGGCUUGUCGGACGAGGAGAUUCAGAAACUGGAGAAGCCUGAGCCCGGGAGAGAUGAGGUUCUGGAGCGUGAGAUAGAGGACAAGAAGCAGGAGUUGGCAAAGAUGGUUGAGCAGGCGAAGGAACGGGGGAAAGAUCCGCGAAUACGUGCUGAGGAGGCUGGAAGAGUGUGGAAGGAGGGGGAUGGGUUUUAAAAAAAACUUGCGAAACAGGGGGAAAUAAACGAAAAAAAGAGAAAGGAAAAAGUCCGGUAAAAAAGUAUCAAAAUCACGGCGCAAAUCGGCGGUAUAAAAUUCAAAUUUGGCGGGGUAAAAAUGUUGGAUGUGAUGUUAAAUACACAAAACUGGUUUUUUGUUUUUUUGCCCAUUUGUUGUGUUUUGGUUUCAAAUGACCCUUGUCCAAUUCCUUUGCUUUUCCUUUUUGCUUCGGCUUUUCUUUUUUGACUAUCCUCCUCUCAUCUCAUGAUUCGACCUGCUCUCUCCCUAGGGCAGGAUCCGGCGUACACCGUACAGCCAGAUCAUAUGUCUCCAACCGCACGAAAGCCAGAGGGAUGAUCAAACUCGGAUCCAGCAGAAGUCCGAAGGAAAGGAUUGAGCUGAGUUGAGGAUCAACCACCGCGUUCAUAUUUUAUAAAACGAACGUUUUUGAGGUGGAAGGGAUGGAGAACGGGGAGUUGUGGUGUGAAAUGAAAAUAGACAUUUGGCCAAGGUGUUCCCCUAGACCUGGAAAGCAUUGGUUGGCUUAUUGGAUAUUGUCUCCAUUUGUCAUUUGAUGGAGGAGGUUCAUGUUAGGGCGCCGUGCUCUUGGGUUCGGUCUCAUUUAUGAAGUACUGUACUCUGGAUGUACAGUGUUUUUUGGCUACAUUUCAUGAUCAUACUAAUUUUAUUUUUUGUAAUUUUUUUAUAUUUGAUAAUCUGUACACUCAGGCGUUCAUGGGUUGAUUGAGGUGAAACAAACAGCCUCUUUUUUAUUCUUGAAUCUUUUACAUUUAGUUACUAAUUAUCUUGUCCGCUUUUCUUCUGUUGAUAAUAUCUUUUGUUUCAUGAGCUUGUUAUAUUAGAUUGGCUUUGAUUUUUAACUUGAUUUUAUUGUAUUAUUAUCACUGAUUAUUGUUAUUGUUAUUCAUACUUAUACUACUCUACUGUUACUCACUAC